CCUCCUGUGAAACAAACUCGACCAUGACCCCCCAGCCUGACACAGAUUCAUUCUCAACUAACAGUCAAAACAUGUUUGUCUCACAAGAGUUGGUUACUUUCUGGAAAUUGGUUCAUGAUUCUUCUGCAUCUGAUAAUGAUUCAAGGGAAUGGCUCCCGGGAGCCUGUAAAGUGCCUCGAGAACAUCUUAAAGUCUCUCAAACAAGGAUGAAGGAAUGGGCAGCUACUUAAACCUUUGGUGGAAAAACGGAGACGAGAUCGAAUGAACCGGAGUUUAGAUCAACUGAAAUCCUUCCUAAUGAAACAUACCCAGAACGAGAGUUUCCGAAAUGGUAAAAUGGAGAAGGCAGAAAUCUUAGAAAUGACGGUGCAAUAUCUGAAAAACGCGGCGCUUGCAAAUAGUCAGGAACUUCAGGGCACAGAAAUCACGAGGCAAAAUUACGAAGCUGGCUUUAAGGAGUGCCUCCUGCAGGUGAAUAGCUUCGUCAGGAGCUGCGCCAGGUUUAACUCGCAGACCCAGAGCAGCCUGAUGGAGCGGCUUUCCCUCUUUGUGGACCAAUCAAGUGAUGAGAAGCAGAGGCGCAGAAGCCCGGAAUGUGCGAGCUCCUCCACCCCGAACCUGCAGCCCCUCAGACCGGUACAGCUGGAGUCCGAGAGCUGGGAUGUCGGCCCUACAGCCGCUAACGCCAUUCGGCCGGUGGCCAGAGUGCCCGCGGUCACUAGCACCUCUUCCUCACACAAAGUGUCCAAUCUCCUGGCCACUCGGCCGGCUCCCUCACACCAGACACUGAAUCGGAUCAACUUCAUAGCGAAAGAUCAGGAACUUACAGACUCUGGCUGUGCACAAUUUCGGGAUUUUCCCCACAAAAUAAUUGCGUCGCCAAAACCCGCUUUUGCACAACAGCAUUCGGCUACAAUGACAGUUUCACACAAUCUAUGGAGACCAUGGCCCUAACUUGGCGGACACAACAAAUCUUACAAAUUGAAUUAUUCCGCUCGUCUCUUAACCCAAGUUGUAAAAUCACCCCAAAUCUUGCGCUUUAUCUGUAACAAAUACUAUCUAUACUAUUUUAAAGUUACAGAUUUUUGAUUAGCUUAUUAUUUCCUUAACAUGUCCUAUGUAUUCAGUGGCUAUCGCGUUUCACUUAUGUAUAUUUUGGAAUAAAGAUUUUAACAAAUUC